AUGGGUGUUAAUAAAAGAAUCAGUAAAAUUGUACAAGACACAAUUUUUACUCGUGAUUUAUAUUUACGAGAAUAUUCUCCAGUCGACGAUUCUACCUUCCCAUUAUCAAAUCCAAUACUUGAUCGAUUUUGUUCAAAAAUUUUACCUGAAAUUGGACAUAAAAUUGAAACUCUUUAUCUUAAAGGAACAUGGACAGAACGUGUUUUUCAUGCUACAAAUUGCCCUAAUUUAAUCAACCUUGGUUUAUGUGAUAUUCAAUUCGAACAACUAACUAUGUUUCUGUUUUGUGUUCGAUGUUAUGAAAAGUUGAUUGAUGGUGAGACAUUGAAGAAAGAUAUUGUUAUUUAUAUGCCACACUUAUACAAGUUCACCUUUAAUAUUUGCUCAAUCAUAUAUCAUCGUAAUCAAACAAAUUUUCCAUUAAAUGAACAUAUUCAGAAAACGUUUCAAUAUUUUCCUAAUAAUGAAAUAAUUACUUGUAUUGAUCAUUUUCAAGAAAAAGCAUAUAGUCAAUGUCAUAUUUAUUCAUAUCCAUAUAAGUGGGAAGUUUACAAUAAUAUAACAAAUAAUUUUCGUGGUGGAUUAUUUAUGAGUGUUACUAAAGUAUUAUUAUAUGAUGAACAUUCAUUUGAAUAUGAAGUUUUUCUUCGAAUUUCGAAAUCAUUUCCAUUUAUGAGAGAACUAACAAUAAACAAUCGAAAAGCACAAAAUAAAAAACAAUUUAUAAAAUCAAACAAUGAUGAUCAAAUACUACCAAUUAUUGAAUAUCCCAAUCUUCAACGACUGGAUGUUUCUGAUACUCAUGAUGAUUAUGUUGAACUAUUUUUAUUUGAUACGAAAAUAUUUUUGCCAAAUGAUCUUCAUAUUUGUACCCAUUAUCAAUCAUUGAAAACAGUGACAUACUAUUUUACAAGAUAUACAACAGGAAGUAAUUGUGUUAAACUUGCUGCUCUAUAUGUUGAUGAGAUGGAUCGAAUCAAUGAACAUAUCAAAAACUAUUUUCCUGAUAUAUGUAUACGUGAGGCUAUUGAUUUUGAAUUAUUUAAAUAA